AUGCGUUACUUGGUAUCUAAAUCACCCGUUAAUUACGUUACUAAUUCGUUAUCCAAUGCUUUGGAAUUUGCUGCAUUAAAUCUGGGAUUAGAACUUGAAAUAGUAACAGAAGAAGAAGCCCAAGCACGAUCGGCUGACAAAGCACGUGGAGAUCCCAAUGAAAAUCCCACUUUGCAACCACCAAAAUUUGGUUUUCAUUUAUUAAAAGAUCGAAAGUAAGUAACGAAAGUACGUUUCUUCCUCUGAUUCUAUCGGUUCAUCAACUUCGCUUUCUUGAAAUUCAUCUUCGGGUAAAUCAUUGAAUGAAUGUGCAUGUUCUAGUGUAGAUUUAUCGCUAAUUUCGAAUAACGACACAGAAAAUUGUGAAU